AUGCUAUCAAACAGAACUUUAUUUCUUGCUGGAAUCGGUAUCUGUGUAAUAGUUGCGCUAUACUUCAAAGGAAAACUUUCACCAUCUACUUUAUCGUUCAUUACUCCUACACUAAAAUCUGUUCAGAAAAAGCCAGUAAUUUUAACGUGGAAUAAGUUUUUUGGCAGUCGCCUAGCUCCUGUUAUGAGAGAUUCCGACUGCCUGCAUGAAUGCAUUGUUACUGAAAACAGAAGCAAUUUACAAGUUGCUGAUGCAGUUAUUUUUCAUCUAUCUGAUAUGCGUUCGUAUGAUUUACCUUCAAUUCGUCUACCGAGGCAGUAUUAUAUAUUUUUGACCGGUGAGCCGCUCGAAUACAUAGGCAGAGUUUUGUUCGAAAAAUAUAAAACGAAAAGUGGUCAACAUUAUAAAAUUCCAGACGAUUUUUUCAAUCUGACAGUUACAUACAGGACAGAUUCAGAUAUAUACAGUCCGUAUGGUAAUUUCCUUCCAAUUGAAGACAGUAGGCGAAGGAGUGAUCGCGCACGAAAUACUGUGAAAACUAUUUUUGAACGGCCAAAUCUUGUGCUGCAGUUUGUGUCCAAUUGUAAAACACCGUCUCGCCGAGAAAAAUACAUUGAACAAUUGAAGCAACACAUAAAUAUUACUCAACUUGGCAAAUGUUUUGGUGGACUAUGUUCAAAGGAGUGUGCAGACCGUGCCAUUGAUGAACACAAAUUUUAUUUGUCUUUUGAAAAUAGUGUCUGUCGAGACUACAUUACGGAAAAAAUUUAUCUUCGGCUUGGAAAAGUGUUGCCAGUUGUUUUGAAGAGGUCAACAUAUUCCGGCUUUAUUCCGGAUGACGCUUUCAUUGCAGCAGACGAUUUUAAGUGUCCAGAAGAUUUGGCAAAACAUCUUAAAUAUUUGGGUAGUAAUUAUACUGCGUUUUCUAAGUACUUCGAGUGGACAAACCGUUGGAAAUUAGAGAGACUAAGUGAGCCAUGUCUUCUGUGCAAAUUUCUACAUGAAAAAAAUGGUACUGUGAAAAUUUUGCGAAACGUUAGGGAGUGGUGGUAUGACGAAAAAAGAUGUGAUAAGCAUUACGCAGAGCAGUUAAUCUGCCGCUGA